AUGAAGAGAGAAGGUCGUCAACACGGUGUUGUUCGGACAUUGAUGAUUCGUCCUUCAGAAUUAAACCCGCGACCCGCAAACCAAUUCGUGAACCAGUUCGAUUCACCACCAGCUUUUGGAGUAUUUGCCAAAGUGCCAUCAAAACCGACUAACCACUCGAAAUUCACCGGGAAAUGUGAAAGGUCCAAGUGCAGUCAUUGCCGUGUCUCACCGGCUAAAAAGUCGGCCAACAAAUCUAAAGGUCGCCGUAAGGAACAAGCAAUGGCUUGGUCUGAGGAUAAGCUAGAUUGUCUUGUGUAUGAUCAUGACAAUUAUUAUUAA